AUGUCUCCAAAUUAUUACGAGGAAGCAGUGGAUCAGUACGUGCAUGUUGGCCCAAUUUGUUUUGCAUAUCGAAAAUUCGGUGCCGAAACAGGCAUUCCUCUCACUCUCCUCAUCCACUUUAGGGGCACGAUGGAUCAUUGGGAUCCGACGUUUAUCAACCCGCUCGCCGCCUCUCGACCCAUCAUCCUGAUUGACAAUGCCGGCGUCGGUCGAUCAGACGGCGAGGUCACAUUGGCCAUCAAAGACUGGGCGCAGAACGUUAUCAAUGUUCUCAACGCAAUCGCAGUGAAACAAACUGACCUCUUCGGUUUCUCUAUGGGAGGAUUCGUUGCCCAGCUCGUGACCCUCAACGCACCACAGCUCAUUCGUCGGCUUAUACUAGCAGGCACUAGUGCCAGCAUUGGUGAAGGAGUUAUCGCUCCCAAACAAGUCCCGUCAGUAAUGAAUCUGAAAGAUGCCGAGACCUACGAGGACCAGCGCCAGGCCUACAUUGAAGCUUUCUUCGGGGGGUCGCAGAAUUGUUUGCAGGCCGGGGGUGAGGCAUGGGACCGCAUCGUCUCUGCCAGAGAGGAUAGGUCAGAACUCCUUGGGUUUGAAGGGACUUGGAGGCAAUUCGGCGCCUUUGGGAACUUCCUACUCGACCCGAGCCAGGCCAAAGACGGCUCUUUUAACCGGCUCCAUGAGAUUCAUAUCCCCGUACUUGUUGCAACCGGGAGCAAUGACGCUGCCAUCCCCACUCACAACAGCUAUGUUUUGUGGCAGAACUUGACCAACUCCGAUGCGCAAUUGCACAUCUAUGCGGAUUCAGGGCAUGGGUUUUUGUUUCAAUACACAGUCGAAUUCUCCAGGCUAAUUGGUGAAUUCUUGGACAGCGUUUAA